AUGUCAAUUUUACUACCUGGUGCCAACUGCAGUAACUUUGUUUGCCUCAAUAAGACCAGGUGUGUCGUGGAUGAAUUGAAGUAAGUUGACAAAAAAAAUACGAAAAACUUUUUAAAAUUGUUAUAGUUUUGUAAAAUACGUUCUCUCUUAUUCCUUUUAGUAAAUGUUGUUGCUGUGUGUCUUAUUUAACAGUGUUUUGUGUGGACAUGUUUCAUCGUAUAACAUGUCACUACAAAAUACAAAUUUAACAAAAUAUCAAAUAAUUUAUCAUUUUUCAUUAGCCUAUCACUUAAAAAGUCGUUUUUAUUUCUAGACGACAUGUUAUACGAUGAAAUAUGUAUUUUUAAAGUCAAGGACAUGUUUCAUCGUAUAACAUGUCUGCAAACUUAAAAAAAUGGCUUUAAAAGAAACAAAAUUGGUUUGAAAUACACUAGUAUCUUACAAUAGUUAAUAAAACAAUAUUUUCAGCAAUGGCAUUGGCUGUUUCCGGCCACAAGCUAAAUUCCAAGACUACAGUGCCGCCGAGAUGGUACUAUGGGGUGCGAUUACAAUAUGUUCCGCGUUUACAAUCGCUUCCUUGAUUUGUGCUGCCGUACUGUUACUAGUUAGCUGUUUUUAUGUAGCACAAUGGCUACUGACGAGCACGGCACAACGUUAUCGUGCUUAUGUGUUUCGACAAGAUGACCUACCCACCUAUAGUCAAGCAGUUAGGAAUCGACCGAAAUAG